AUGGCUUGUGUAGCAGUAAAUUCUCUUAUCAGAACAUUAGAGCUUGAGUUCUUGCAACCUGAGCCUCGUCCAAUCCUACAACAAAUGGAACUCAUCCCUCUUAACAAAGAACUGAUCCAAUCUCUCCAAGCAAAUCUUGGUUUUCUGAUACAACUGUUCGACGAGUUCAGAAUGGAUGGUGUUGAAGCAAUUAAAGAGUUGGAAACAAAGCUCAGAGAUGUAGCUUUCGGAGUAGAAGAUGAAAUUGAAUUCUUUGUGGUAGAUCUCUAUAAAGAAGGUGACGAUGAAAUGGGACAAGGGGACACUGAAGCCAGAAAAACCCAGCAUUCUCAUAGACUUAGUCAUGUAUUGCAACAAGCAAUAGAAGACAUUGAUGCCAUUAAAGAAGAGGUGGAGAAAGUCAUGAUGGAGUACAAGCAUGACAUAGCUGCGCAAGGAAGGAAGACUACACUUGAUGUUAUUCCAAAAUCUGAUGAUGAAGUUGCCAAGAUGGCCGGUUCCGGUUCCGGUUCCUCCAAUCAUGCUUCACACACUGAGGAUAUAAUGGUCGGGAAAGACAAUGAGUUCGAGAUUAUAAGGAAGAUGUUAAUACAACAUCCAUCUAUAGAACGGAAUGUUGUCUCAAUUCAAGGUAUGGGAGGAAUCGGCAAGACAACGUUAGCUAGACGAGUUUAUGAAAAUCAAUCAAUUGUCUCCCACUUUGACAAACGACUAUGGGUUGUUGUAUCACAACAUCACAAUAAGAGGCAAAUGCUCAUAGGUCUUCUUGGUUCUAAAGACGAUGAUCUACACAACAGCAGUGAUGAUGACCUAGCAUUACGGCUCUACCAAAGUUUGAAGGGUCAAAGGUACUUGGUAGUGAUGGAUGAUGUAUGGAGCAUAGAGUCAUGGAAUGAUGUUAAAUCUUGCUUUCCAGAUGAUGUAAAUGGGAGUCGAGUAUUGUUGACUACUCGCGUUGCAGAGGUGGCUACUUGUAUUGGCUCUACCAAUUACUUCUCCCAUCAAUUGCAGUUCUUAGAUCAAGGUGAAAGUUGGGAUCUAUUUCGUAAAAAGGCAUGCAAAUCUCAUGGUGUUGAAUUUGAGAUAAUUGGGAGACCAAUUGUUGAGAUAUGUAAAGGACUGCCUUUGGCAAUUGUUGUGGUAGCAGGAGUUUUCCCAGAAGAUUAUACGAUCGGGGCUAACAACCUUGCAAGGUUAUGGGCUGCCGAAGGACUUUUAAAGGCAUUCAAGAAUGAGAGUUAUGAAGCGGUGGCUAAAAGAGAAGGUCAGAACCAGAGUCUUUUGCAUGUUGUGGAUGAAAGUGGUUCCAAUUUCCCCCAGAAAGGUGUCCGUUGGAUAAGGGUGUCCGUUGAAGAUUUUGACAUCUCUGGCCUAUUGAGGGUACUCUAUAUUCAUCAAUUCCAUUGGCGAAGUCCGACUGUUCAUAUCCAUUUGAGAUACCUUUCGAUAUACAAGGUGAUUUAUAGAUUGCCGCCUAGAUAUUGCGACCAAGAUUCCUUAACAAAAGUUCCAUACCUAAAGAAGAGGAUCUGUGGAAUUCCGGAGGAUAUGGCUCAAAUCAUAAACAAUAUUCUUCUCUUGAAAAACAUUAGGAAGCUGAAGUUUGAUUUUAUGAAAUUUAAGAAAUCUGAGUGGAAGGAAAUUAAUGUUUUGAGCAAGUUACCGAGGCUUGAGGUGCUCAAGUUGGGUGUUGACGAGCUUGGCAAAAAGUGGGAAGUACCAGAAAAUGUGAAAUUCUGCCACUUAGUUUGUUUGAAAAUUUCGUAUGGUAAUCUCAAGUAUUGGGAAGUGGGUGCUCAUAAUUUUCCAAAACUUGAGCGCCUAUGCCUUUACGAUUGCUCUGAAUUGAGAGAGAUCCCGAAUAGCUUUGCAGAAAUUCCAACAUUGAACUUAAUCGAAUUAGAGAUGUGUCAUCCUUCUGCAGUGAUGUCAGCCAAGCAAAUUCAGGCUGAACAGCAUGACUAUGGAAACGAGAAUAUGGUUGUCAUUGAGAUAGACACAACACAGCUUGAAGAAGAUGACUCCGAUGAAGGCGAGUUUGAUGAAGAUGACUCUCAUGAAGGCGAGUUUGAUGAGGUUGAGGAGUAGAUGAUGCAAAGCUAUAGCAAAGAAAGAGUCUAAAGCUGCUAAUUAUAGAGAUGAUGGCCCU